CUAUCUCAGAUUGUUCUACCUAUACAUACAACACUUGAUAUCUUACCUACAACUCCAAUUGACCAAUUACUCACCACAACUUACAAAUAACCAUGUCCGCCAAAACCAUCAUCGUCACCGGCGCCUCCAGAGGAAUCGGCCUCUCCAUAACAAAAUACCUCCUCAGCGCCCCUCAAUCCCACAACAUCGUCGUCGUCGCCCGCAGCCCCGAACCCCUCCAAGCGCUCAAAGACCAAUACCCCAAGCAAGUCGAGAUCCUCAAUGGCGAUCUAGCAGAUUUCUCGCUCGCACCCAAGGCCGUUGACCUCGCGGUGAAGAGCUUCGGGAAGUUGGAUGGGAUUGUGCUGAAUCAUGGGAUGCUGGGGCAGGUUGGGAAGAUUGCUGAGGCGGAGCCCGAACAGUGGAAGUAUGCGUGGGAUGUGAAUUUUUUGAGUUUGGUUGCUUUUGUUAAAGCGGCUCUUCCUGCACUUCGUGAGACUAAGGGGAAUAUUAUUUUUACUUCGUCUGGGGCGUCGAUUACGGCUUACACGGGUUGGGGACUUUACGGUGCGUCCAAGGCCGCCAUGAACCAUUUGGCAUUGAGUCUGGGCGACGAGGAGCCUGAUGUGACUACGGUGGCUAUCCGGCCUGGAAUGGUCGACACGGAGAUGCAGCGGGAACUGCGCGAGGACCAUGCUACGAGUCUGGUGCCGCAUAUCCAUUCGAAGUUCAUGGGUGUUCACAAGGAGGGAAAGCUCCUUAAGCCCGAGCAGCCGGGACACGUUAUGGCCAAGCUUGUGCUUGAUGCCCCGAGUGCAUUGAGCGGGAAAUUCCUUUCGUGGAACGACAAGGAACUCGCAGACUUUCAAGAGUAAAUGAAAUUAGGAUACUGAUACUUCUAGACUAGAUUAUCUGUACAGCAUUAGUACAUAGCCAUAAACGAAUGAUGAAGAAAUUUCAAUGGCAAAAUUGAGUUUUAUA